AUGUCGGACGGUUGGCGGACGGCGACGGUCGUCGGCAGCGUCGUCACGACCUGCAGCAUUCUGUCGGUUCUGAUCGGCCUGCCGUUGCUGCACACGCAUGUUCAGAAGGUCACCAGCGUCAUGCUCGCCGAGGUCGAGAUGUGCAAGGUUCGAAAUGUUUCGAUUCAGUUGAAAUUCUUCAGAAUGCCUGACAGCAGUUUUUUCUUGAAAUUAAACUCCUUGAUGUUCUGAAUGAAGGGUCUGAAAGUCCCAAUCUAACAAAUUUGCUAGUUGAGAUUACAAGGAAACUUAUAAAGUACUAUUAGUGGAGUUUCAAGCAAUCUUCUGAAUUUUUCUGAAGCUUUUUCUCGCUUUUUGAAACCGAAGGAGUCUGUUUUCCAGGGAAAAAAACUUGAAAUAGAAAGUAGUGUCCUAUAAAAAAAUUAAGUAAUAAAUAAAUUUCUGUAUAUUUAUUCAUUUUUUUGAUGUUCUCCUAAAAACUUUUUAUGUCUCAAAAAACAAUAAAACUGGACUUUCGAAUACUUCGAAAAUUUACGGCUUUCAUAAAUUUUGUUCUGUAGUGAAAAUUCUCGAAGUUUUGUUUUUUGACUUUUGCAAAGCAUUGAAGAUCAUCUAGAAAAAAAAUCGAGUAGGUGAAUUUUUCAGGCCGAAUCCCAAGACAUCUGGAAGCAGAUGCCGUUCUCUAGAACGAAGAUUUUGACGAAACGUCAGUCGCCUUACGGAAACUAUGGAGCAACACCAGCUGGCUCCUGUUGUGCCUGCACCCAGGGAGCUCCAGGACCUCGUGGAGCCAAGGGAGAAGAUGGAGAAGGAGGUUUUUUUCUCAGUAAAGAUUCUGGAAGCAAUGCGAUUUCCAGGAAACGACGGUCUUCCCGGCAGAGACGGUCAGAACGGCCGCAGCGGAAAGUACCUUCCAGCACCGCCGCCAGGCUCGAACGCCUGCCAAAAGUGUCCGCCAGGUCCCCCUGGUCCACCUGGCCUUCCUGGUGCCAAAGGCCCGCGUGGGCCGCCGGGUCGAGAAGGAACUUCCGGCCGAUCCGGAGAAGACAACCGACCUGGACCUCCAGGACCACCGGGAAUUCGUGGCGAGCCAGGACCGCCUGGACCAAAAGGACCUACUGGUAAGUUUUAUAGAUACGAGGAGAGCCAUUUCAGGUCUUUUUGAGAUCUGCAGCUUAGAAAAGCUCACCAGAAAUCCUCUCAAAAAAAAAGUUUUCUGAAUGAAAGAGGGUUCAUUAAACGCAGUUUUUUACGCUGAUUUCGAAAAUGUACUCGAAAUUUGUUAAGAAGGUCUAUGAAAAAGGUUUUGAGCUAAAACUUUGGAGCAUCUUUUAAGAAUCUGAAUGAAAAACUGUACAUUCUGAACAGCUAAAAGUUCAUUUUAAUAAAUCAAAGAAAAAAUUUCAGGCGACCGUGGUAAAGUGCUCAACGGAGCUCCACCAGGUCCCACCGGACCCCCAGGAAAGGUUGGCGCCAGAGGUCCGCCAGGCGGAAAAGGACACGACGGAAAGCCUGGAAUCGGGGGACAGCAAGGAAUCCGAGGAUCUGUUGGAUCGCGAGGCGACGCUGGAAACCCAGGAUUGCCUGGCCCUCAAGGCCCGAAGGUUUGUUUCUUUUGCAUGUGUGACUUUGAAGCAUGCUUCUCAGGGUGAGCCAGGACAUCCAGGCUCGUGCUCGCACUGUGAGCAACGUCAGGCUCCAUCGCCACAGCCUCAGCCUCAGCCGGCCCCCGGGUACGAUGCUCCUCCAGCGGCGCCUCCAAGUCCGCCUGCCAACGAAUAUCAGGAAUCGAUUCCAGCUCAAAACGAAUAUUUGUGGAUCCAUUAAUUUCGAAAUAAAGACCUUGCUGACAGUUGUACAAACAUUCAAGCUGAAAAAGUUAAAAAAAAACGAUUUUUUCCGAGGAAAGGUGUCAUUGUUUGCUGGAGAAACGAGCUGUCACAUUUUUCCAUAUUACUUUAGAACUCCAGAGUGAUAUCUAUAGGGGCAAUUUGAGGGCUUUCAGUAAAUUUUCCUUUAACAGCCCUUAUAAGCACCCUGAAGCUUGCAAAAGUGGUCCUUAUAGGGAUAUCAGAGGGAAAUCCCUUAAGAGCUCCAGAGUGGUCCAUAUAAGAGCAAUUUUAUGACUUUUUAAAAAUUCCCCCAUAGGGACCACUUCACCAGCCUAUGGGUACCCUGAAGGUUGCAAAAGGGGCCCCUAGAGGGACAUUAGGAGGAAAAAUUUUUUUGGAAAAAAAUUUUUCAUUAAGAAACUUUUUGCUCCAUUCUUUUUUGUUAUUUCAAAGGACUUCAAUGGAAAAAAUUGCAAUUUUUUUAAAAAUUACCUGUUUAUAAUGCUUUUUUUGUAGUCUUACCUUUUCAAACCAGUGAUUUUUAAAAAAUUUUUUACCCAUCUCGUUCUCAAAAUCUGUAACAAUAACUCACUCUCGUCAUCAUUUUUUUUUCAACCCAGUUGCUAUUUCCGAAGUGACCAAGAGCAGACGAACUCAAGUGGCCUCUCAAGGGUUCGGCAAACAGUCGGACCUCGCACAGGCCUCGCGAAGAAGGCGACGCGAGAAAUGCGCCACGCGCUUAUCGAUGUUCAUUUUCGUCGAGCGGCUUCUGCUCGUUUCAAUUGCUUACAGGUUGGUUGUGUCCCCUUGAGGGACUACUUAAGAAGCCACUUCAGACUGUGCCACUUGGCAACCGCCCAACAGUUCCAAUGUCCGCAACAAGGACAGACUCCAGUACUCACGCCGCAAGGCAACAAUCAACAGUGCUUCAACCUCGGCUCGGCCAAUGAAUGUCCUGUUGGGUCAGUCUUUCUCUGAAUAGCUUUUCCAACGGUUUUUGUAUAGAUCCAUAUGUGUCAGUGCAUCAAAUGGCGGUGGAUUCUUGAUUUGCUGCACAUCUUCGACGUCGACGCCAGUCUGUCCGAACAACGCCGUGCCUCAAGCUUCUGCCAACGGCUUCGUUCCGUGUCAGAUCAACUUUCCGCAGACUUGCAACACUGGGUGAGUUUGCUAAGAAUUUUAGAACUUUCAAAAAAAAAACUUUAAAGUAACUUGAACCUUCAGUUCUUUUCCACUACCACAAGUUUAGUUUUUUGUUUUAUUUUAUCUCACUUUCCGUAAUUUUCAUUCAACAUAACGACUUCGAAAACUUCAAUUCCUACAUUUUAUUUUUUCUAGACCUUUCUUGAAAAAGAACCUUGCAGAUUUUCCUGUGUACCAGCUGUAAAUAAUCCCCAAAUCACCUUGUGCUGCUCUGGGACAACUUCUGCGGCAACUUGUCCGGCCAACUUUGCGCCAGCAUUGGACGCUCUUGGCAACUCGGUAACUUUAAAACAUGCAGUUAUUUUUUUUUUCAACUGUUUAUUCGCCAGUCCGCAGUCUUCACGACAAUAAAAAAAAUAAAACAUCAAUACUGUCAAAUUUUAAAUUUCAAAACUGUCAAAUUUUAUUUCGAAUCGUUUUUUGAACUUAUUAUAUUGUGCUCUAUUCUUUGACUCUGUGAAAUUCGAUUUUGUCAGGUUUUUUAAAUUCAAAAGGCAGUUUUUAAAUGCUUGUAAUUACUCGGGCAAAGUUGGAAGAGUAAAAAUGCUAAAAGAGAGAGGCUCAAAAAGGCCCCAGAAAGGCAGCAAAAAGGAACAUUUAUAUGGAGCCUUUUUCGAUCCUUCCUACUCUGCCUCUGUAGAAGAUCUAUAAAUUUCAUGAAAAUUUAAAUUUCAAGAACGCUUCUCCAUUGCCAUGUCGAGGUUUGGAUAUAGUCUAUGUUCUACGACUUGAAGUUUCACCGAACGACAUUCCGCUGUUCCGCUGCGUGCGUUCGCGAAGCGUCUUUCGAAUCUAGGUCACGAUUUCAAUUGAUUUUUAUUGGGGUGGGAGCACAUAAAAGUAUAGUACCUUAAUGAAAGGAAAAAAAAUUAAAAGCGCAACCAAUGUUCGCAAAGGCGCGCAGCGGAACAGCGGUGUUCCAAGUCGUGGUACACAGGCUAUAAAUGAAAUUUGUCUUUUCAAAAGUUCCGUUUGAACCGUAAAAAUGUUACAGAUCAACUGUUCGCCAGCUCAGCCGGCCGGAUGUCCAGCUGGCUCCUCUUGCAUGCAAGCCACCGCCAACUCCGGCUUCAUUUGCUGCCGCUCUUCGACCGUCGAGCGCGUCUGUCCCAACAAUCAGAACGCGCUGCUCUCGCCGUCCGGCUCCCUGGUGCCGUGCAAUGGUCCCGGAGCCCCCUGCGACACGGUAAAGUAUCUUCUCCUCUUUGCAAGAAGUCAGCAUUUAGGCAGGUUUCACCUGUCAACUCUCGACCACCGUCGCACAAUACAUUUGUUGUGGCAAUGAAAUCACGUCAAGCGGGGCGACGUGUCUUGACGGACGAGUGACCUAUCAACAAGUUUCAGGUUUUUCUUUUUUGGUUUCGAUGAGAAGGUUUUUUUUUUUGAUGGAUGAGGCCAUUUUUGAGAAUUUUCUGAGUGUUCUUUGAUGUAUUGAGGAACCUGUAAAUUGCAACCUACGCUUCAGAAAACAAGAAAAGAAAGGUCUCGAGUCCCUAUAGGGGUUACGGAGAAAGUAAGCCUUUAAAGGGGCCGAACAAGUGUUCACUUUAGGGGAAAAAUCAAGGUGGCUUCUAUAGGGGUUUAGGAUCUUACCUAUUAACCCAAAAAGCCUGAGUGGUCCCUAUAGGGUUUCCGCUUAAUCAUGUCCUUAUAGGGCCCACUAACUAAAACCCCUAUAGGGAUCCCUUUCGCAAAUUUUAGAUCCCCCUAUAGGGGUUGGUAAAGUGAUCCCUAGAGUAGAACCCGCAAGGGCCCCUAAGGUUACCCCUAUAGGGACCACUUUGGAGUACCUAAGGGCGCCGAGAGACGAGGAGGGCGCAGAUUCACGAUGAAAAAAACGGAGUGUAUCAGUAUAACCAUUUUCAGGCCAAACCUACACCUGUGACGUCGGCUCAGCCUCAACGACAAGGUGCCCCUUUGGCUACGACUGUGCGACGUCCACCCAAGUCAACGUCUUCGUCUGCUGCCUGACUGGUUGAUUCCGUAAAAGCUUCUAAGAAUGUCGAUCUUCAGGCUCGACGACCCCAUCUCCUUCAGGAUCCUACCAAUGCCCAUCCGGCUGGAGCGCCUACCUCAACGAGGUCAACCACGAGGCUCGCUCCUGCUCCGGCGUCUUCGACAUGAGGUAGCGGCCUCCUUCUCCCCAUUCAUUGGAGUAAUGUUCAAGCUGCCCGGCAGGAUUCUCCUGCACGCCGGCGACGUCUUCUUCCCAGUACGUCUGCUGCCGGUUGGCCUCGGUCCUGGCCUGCAUCAACAACCAGGCCUAUCUAUCCAACGGCCAUCCUCGUCUGUGUUCGACGGCGCGAGUUAACCAGUGUCCUCGGGGAUAUUCCUGUCAGCAGAGCACUAAUGUGGGUUCUUUUUUAUAUUUACAGGUAGUGAGAUACCUGAAAUUUGAUCAACCUUUGAAUAAAAUGACCAAUUUCGCCUUCGUUUUGGUGAAACUGGUAACGCUUCCACGGAGUGUGUGAAACUUCAAGAUUCAUUCUUAGGAAUUCUUGAGGGGUCCCUAAAGGGGUAAGGGAAAAAAACAGUGGUGCCGAAAUAGUGGUCCUUCAGAGGGAUACUCAAGGUGGUCAAUAUAAUGGUUACACUAAAGCUUAAGUGGUCCCUAUAGGAGUCUUUCAAUUUAUUCGACCACCGUUUCAUUAACGAAAUUUAGUUUUAUGAAUCUGCUGCUUUGCAUAGUCUAUGACUAUAAUGUCCCCUAUAGGGGCCACUAAAUAAAACCCCUAUAGGGACCACUUUACCUCAAUUGUCCCUCUCAAGGGGUACCUGAAGUGACAGACGUCCAGUCUUCGCUUCUCAUAAAACUCAAAAGUUCCGAUUUUGAUAACUUGCUUCAAAAUUGACAAUAUUAUAUCACUCAUAGAGAAGUCGAGGAUAAAUCCUUGAAAUUUUAACUUUCUUCUCGUGAUUUUCAAAAAGACGCAUCUUAAAAUCUACCGUGAAUAUCUACUCUAGAACAGAAGCUCAUGCCAAUGACUAGUUCUGGUUGAUUUUUCAGCCAACGGUCACGAUCUGCUGCACGUCGUCAACCUUGGCGUUGAGUCCAGUGAAAAUUAAGGAAGAAGCUUUCUGCAUGGAUGGUCAGCCUCCUUACGGGACUGAUUGUCCUUAUAUUGGCUUGAAAGAUGGUUGUUCGGGUGGAUACUCUUGUCAGAUGAGCACUACUGGGACCAACGUCUGCUGCUUAGAAGAGAAAACGUGAGUACUUACUGAAAAACCCGACAAGAACUUCCUAGAACUUGCAAGCUUCUAAUGAACUUCAGAACCAUCCGACGUCAGCCCAACGGGUCCCCCCGCUGCAUCGGCCAUUUCACGCCAUCUCGCCCAGUGUCUCCAGAAGCUUGUGCCCACGCCAACCCUUGUGAUCCAGGUAAACGAGCGGGAAGUUCCUCAGAAUGUGCCACAGGCUACGAAUGCAGCGAACAGACCACCGACGGCUCCAUCGGCUGCUGUCCGGCCAAGAACUUCCCGAGGUGUCUCUACGGCUCCGAGGCGCAAAUCGACGGAGGAACAGUGAGGAGGUAGGAUAUUAUCUACUAGAGGUUGGUAAAGUGGUCCCUAGAGGGAAAUCAAAAAGCUCCUACGGAUUCCUCUAUAGACACCACUAUGGAGUUCCUAAGUAUAUAAGUUUUUUCUGUUUUUCAAAGUUUUUUUGCACGAGAAUCCAUUGUUUCGAUCAUAAAACAUGACCAGAUUCUACUCGGACCUUGGUAACGCGAACGGGACGCGAAACGGACGUGUCGGGGCAUUUCUAGUGACCGCUUUAGUAGCCUUAACGCUCUUAAGUGAUCCCUUGAAUCGUCCAGAAACGUCCGGAGCACGUCCGUUUCGCGUUACCAAUGUCCGAGUAAAUUUUGUCGCAAGUUCCCCUCAGUCUAAAGAAUUCUUCGUCUUGGAUCCUUUCGGAUUUCCCAGUUUGAAUAAAAUAGGAAAUUUUUUCAAUUAAAGAACCAUUUACCAUCCCUAUAAAUGGUCCUGAAGCGAUAAGAUGUGAUGUAAACUCAAAGUCCAAAGUACUCAAAAAUUCCCAUUUUCAGCUGCGUCGAAGAUUCCGACUGCGACCCCGCCUUCUCAUGCAAACCAUCUCUACUCGUCGGAGUUCAAAUUUGCUGCUCCUCUGAUGAUAGAAAAAGUAAAUUCGUCUUUUUUUCCUCAAAUUCAAAUUCUUUCAGAGAAAGAACCGACAAGGACCUGA